AUGUCUCAACUUAGAACUUUUUUUUUAGGAACAAUUCAACUUGAAUGUGUAGAAUUAUUGUUAAAAGAAGGGGUGUUGUAUGUCAAUGAAAAUCAAGAUGAGGCAAUUUGGUUUAGAUGUUUGAUUAGUCAUCGAUUUCAAGCUGGUGAUAAUGAUGCUUUUCGAUUCGAAGGACUUAAUUCGAUAAAAAUGUAUACAAUUCAAGAGAUUGAUAUCUAUCGGAACUCGUUAUCUGGCGAUCAUCUAAUGACAUAUGGAUUCAAUCCAAUGGAAGACAUACAACGAUUAAUUAUUGCUCAUAAAUUGACCAAAUCUAAUUUAUGA